AGAAAGCCUUAAAACCACAAAAGUAUGACAAGUCCGAUCUUUAUUCCUUCUCAAAUCUCUACUACCUAACUCAACAGAGCCACGUUCGGAUUAUCUGUCAACACCGAAGUCAUGCACGUGCAGCCAACUGACAUGUCGGUCAACAACGUACCCACAAGCCCUCUUCUCAAGCUUCCUGGAGAGCUUCGCAAUCGCAUCUACGGGUUCGCGCAAGAACCAGACGACAUCCGUCUUGUCCACAAGCUCACCCGACAAUACGAGUAUGCUGGUCAACCCAAACGACAGUUCUUCGGUCUCACACAAGCCUGUCGUCAGCUCCGAACAGAGUAUCUGCCUAUCUACAAGGCGCAGACAAGGGUCCAGAUUCAGUGCCUGGAUUCGCUUCCUUACAUCAAUACCUUUGUUCUUCCUACCGGUACAGAGCCCAAGCAAGCUCGCGGAAACCUUACCGUUCAGUUACCAGACCAUGGAUAUGAGCCCAAGGGCGAACUAGGAACCAAGGGCGACCUAGCACCCCAUAGGGACAUCAUCUACCUUGUCUUUCUCUGUAGCAAAGCUCCUAAGGUCAACGUAGCCUUCAGGCUAGCCGAUAUCCCGCCAUUGCAGCCCCGUAUGGAGCGUGUAUUGUACAAUCUUACACACUCGGAAGCUGCGCCUGAGCUGCACACCUUCGUACAAAACUCGGUAAAGCAUGUAGAAUGCAUGUUCGUAAAAGAAAAAAAUGCCCCGUUGGUGAUCUUUUGGAUCAAAAAAGGUCAUGCGAAGGAAUGGAUGCAUCAGUGCUCCUUCGGUCGCUGGAACCGCCCUGGCGACGACUCACGUCAACAGAUGGACGAAUGGAUGUUGGAGAUGCGGCUCAACACUCCGGUGAACCAGGUGGAUAUAGGAUUCAUCGUUGAUGAUGAGUUGAGAGAGCGCUUGGCGGAUGAGUGGCGUCGUGGCCGCCCCGUGCGAAACUUUAGGUUUUAG